AUGGCUGCUGACGAUCAAGAGUAUUAUGGCUAUUAUUAUGCCACUGAAGAAGACAGAGGGUUACUUGAUCCAGCGUGGGAAAGACAACAGCGCAAGGUAAUCCCUAGGAAACCGAAUCGUGACUAGUGUAGUGUAUUGGUGUUAUCUACAAAAUGAAGCAGAAUUACUGCAUGAUUGAUUUCCCUCUUAUCACGGAAUCCUUUAUUAUUGCAACGAGCUAAAUGCGUUAACAGCAAUAUUUUCCCUACUAUUGUAUCCGCAGACCUUUACAGCUUGGUGUAAUUCUCAUUUGAGGAGGAUAAAAGUGCAGAUUGAGCAAAUGGAGGAAGACUUCAGGGACGGCCUGAAACUCAUGGCGCUAUUGGAAGUAAUAUCGGGAGAAAGACUCCCCAAACCUGAAAGAGGGCAUUUGCGGUUUCAUAAGAUUUCCAACGUUAAUAAAGCUCUAGAUUUUGUGGCCUCCAAAGGCGUAAAACUUGUGUCCGUUGGAGCGGAAGGUAUGUUUUGGGGGUGUUGCUCAGACAAACUUCAAUAGGCUAUGUUCGUCAUGUCUUGAUUUUAAUAUUUUUGAGCAUCUCUAAACUUAUAUAUUUCUCUGAUAGAAAUUGUGGAUGGUAAUCUUAAAAUGACUCUAGGAAUGAUAUGGACGAUAAUUUUGCGGUUUGCAAUUCAAGACAUAGCCGUAGAAGGUAAUUUUUUGGUUCAAGGACGCUUUUUCAAAAGUAAGGAAAUGUAUGCGUAUUUUAAGUGAAAUGUGUUUCAUUUUCCGCGUUAUUUAGAGUCGUUUGCAAAGGAUGGAUUGCUCCUUUGGUGUCAGCGUAAAACAGCUCCAUACAAAAAUGUCAACGUGCAAAAUUUUCACAGGAGGUAAAUUCAAAUUAUAAAAAAAGUAACUUAAGUUGCCUUUAUUUCCUGGCUAUGUUAACACAAACGUUAGUCUACUUCAGCGGUCAUUAGAAUGCACAAACAUGAUGUUGUUGCUGAUUUUAUUGCAGCUUUAAAGAUGGCUUGGCUUUUUGUGCUCUUAUUCAUCGUCAUCGUCCGGACCUUAUCGAUUAUAAUUCGCUAAGCAAGGUAAAGUUGUAGACGAUGUCGUCCCUACUCCCCGCGUAGUUGUUUUGUGUUUGUGGACAUAGCACUUCAUUGGGUGUGUCACACAUUGUAUGCGUGUCAUGUCUUGUCAGGCGUGAUUAGAAUUUAUUUUUUGAUCAUUAUGUUGCUAUUAUUAAAUAACGUUUGUGGCAGAUCCUUAUCAGCACUUUAACUGAGAUUCACUUAAUUUUCAACCUUAAACAACGAACUUAAACUUACUUCUUGUUGUUUGAACUGAUAGAAACUUACUUGAGCUUGUGCGUUUUGAAUUUGGUUGCAUUUGGGAUUACUCGCAUUUCACUAUUGUCUUCAAUAUUCAAUUAUGAUACUGCCCUUGAAAGGAGACUUUAAAUUUGUAAUGUUAAUGAACUACAGAGGUUAGACCUGUGCUUUUACUUUUUAUACACAGUUGUACCAUUGUAAGUUGCUUUUAAUCAUUCAAAUCCAACAUUCUGCAUUUUUUUCAUAACAGAAAGUCCUCCCGUUUUUCCACUUAUGCAAAAUAUCAUGUCAAGUGACUAAAGUGUUUUUGCUUAUAAUGUUCAAAUUAUAAAAAUAAAUUUCUCUUAAAAGUGUCGUCUUCAAAACUGAAAACAGUAAGUAUGGAAAAUACACACAUAAUCUGGUUUAUUUAAACAAGGGAAAUUAUCAAUUUAAAAAGCUAAAAGCGAAGUAAAAAGGUUGAAAAGACUACACAUACCUAACUGGUUUUACAUGAUUGCUGUAAGGGAAACUGAAAAUUAGCAAGCUAACCAGUAUAUUUCCCUUUUGAAUUGACUGCUGUUGUGGUAUCCCUGUCUAAUUAAGCGUUAUUCUUUGUAUCAGUAUUUAUUGAUUAUCAUUCUUUUUUUCUCUUUUUCUCUCUUUACCAUGUAAUAGGUGAAGCUAAGAAAAUAAGUGAAAUAAAUAAAUAAAGUGACUGAGCUAGGUUAUUCUUUGUGUGUUUUUCCAAACCUUGACACUUCUAUAAGAAAAACUUUGAUUGCAGUAAUCUGUAUGUGUUUUUGGAAGAGAAAGCUUGAAAUCAGGGUUUUGUAAAUUAUACUUAGUGUGGCAAGGUGUAAAGAGAUCUAAGAAGGGGCAAGCCCAUGGAGGGACUUGAGCACACAUAGCUUUCUUCUUUUAACAUACAGCAAGAGUCUCCCAGUUAAUUCUAUAGUCUCGUGUAUACUAUGAGUAUUUCGAUCAUAAGCACAUCUGAGAGGAUUCAAAUUUCUAGUGAUAUUGCAGGAAGAAUGGUGUCUAUAAAUUGUGCUGCUAAUGUGGUUUAUUUUCCACACCCCAAACUUUGCAGUGUAUCAGGAGCGCUAGCAAUUUUUUGCUUUAUUUUUUUUCUUGACAAGUUUAUUCAGUGUAGAAGGCACUCACAAACUAUCAUUGCUUGUUUUAUCAACAGGAGAAUCCUUUGGAAAACCUGAAUUAUGCCUUUGAUGUGGCUGAGCAACAUUUGGACAUUCCUAAAAUGCUUGACGCUGAAGGUCAGUUUGCAGAAUAGAGUUCUACAUGGUGAUCUGAUUAUUUACUUAGUCGUCUUUGUCACAACAUAUAUUAACAUAUAUUAGGCAUAACAUAUUAUCAGUGAAUCUUUUAGAAUUAUAAUUGAGCUUUUCGUGGAUUUGGUCGAAGCAUAAACCAGCUCUUCUUUCCGUGUUUUUUGUUUGCCCCUUAAUUUCAGCCUAGCAUGCAGGAGAAUCUUAUUGUUUUUAAUACUUAAGAUGCCAAGACAGCGUGGGAAUGCCCUGUUUCUAAAACAACAAUGGAAACGAUUUUAUCUUCUUUUUUUAUAUUAAUUUUAGUUGUCUUAUGUACGGGAAAGAAAACAAUCAUAAGUUACGUUUUAGCUAAGCAGAAACAGCAGCCAAAACCCAUAAAAAUAUUAAAUCUGCAUACUUGUAUACAGCAACUUCCAUUUUAUACAGAAAUAAAUUGCCCUGCAUUGCCAGUCGCGCUCUGCGCCUGUUAGAGAAGUAUUAACAGCUUCUCCUAAAAACCAUACUUAAUAAACCAUUCUAUCUGAAAGGAAACAUUUUAAACCUAUUCUUAGAUGUGAUACAAAUCAAAAUGCGUCCCACUUGUCACGGUCAAAGUGAUGGAUUAUGUUACAGGUGAAAUCAUGCAGAACAAUCUUUAAACAUCGAUGCACGCCUCUUUUUUGUACAAAAGACAUUUUCCGUAGGGUUUAGUUAACUCUGACUCAACCGGCCAACACCGUUAUGAAAAAUGUUUCUUCCUGUUGCACUGAACACUGUGCUUGAAGUGAGAGUGCCUGGCCUGGCAACCAGCAAUUUCUUUUCACUUGCCCAAAGCUAAAUGUUAGUCACCUCAGGCGACUGGGUGUGGUUAGAGCACAGCCUUGUAGCAUUUGGCUAGUUGCCUACUGCCAAGGUCGAGCCCUGUUUGUUGUAGGUUUGCUGGACAUUGACAAAGUGGUUUGUGUUCUGUCAUGAUGGUAAACCUUGAAGCACCAUGAAGGUUCUCCCAAAACUAGAAGUUUGCUGACAGAAGAGACUCACAAAGCAGUUUCCCAUCUUGGAAUUUUUGUGUCAAUGUGGUGCUGUCUUCCUCAACCUUUUGCUUCUGUGUGGUGCUGUUUUGCCUAAUCCUUGCCCUGGUGUUUCCUAGUUUCUCCAGCCUUGCGUUUCACCUUGACUCCUCAUAGAAAACUGCCAACUUCAUGGAUAGAUUGAAAGGGCUCUACCCCAACUCAAUCACAAAGGAAUGGAGCGACAUGGCAAUAUAACUCCACAGUAUAAAUGAUGUCGUUAAAUUGUUGAAACUUGGGGAGUCAUUCGAAGUGGCUAGGUUUGCAGCUCAGAUAUUGUUAAUAAAUGUUAAUGGGAUUCAUAUUGAUAAUUUUCUCAUUGAAAAUCCUUGAUGGACAUUACACAAUUUUUCGAAAAGGCCUUUAUUUAACCCAUUCGCUCCUGGAGAUUUUGCCGAAAAACGCGUUUUGAGGCUAGUCGAGUGGUUUUCUGGUCACUGUCGUGCUAUAAAGAGCUAAAACUUACCACAAACCGGUUUACAGGUUGUACACGUGGCGGCCUUCUGAUCCAGAUGCAAAAUAUUAGCUUGCGAAGUUCGGGCAUGCGCAGAAAGCAAAAUUUCGACAUAGUUUUUGGGUUUAAAAGUGACACAGCAGUCUUGACUUUUACUUUUCGCUUUCUCUCCUCCCUUCUUUUUUCGCUUUUCUUGCCUCAUUUUUUUUUUCUCUUGCUGGGCAUUUAGUAGGCUUCAUUUUGGUGGGAAGAGUUUUUAGGAAAGCUUUUAGGAUCUUAGGAUUAGGUGAAAGGAAAGGUAGGUGGGUAAUGGAACAAGAUUUUCAUGGAGAUUUUCAGGUCCUUGUCACGUGGUUUUUUGCUUCUUUCUCCGGUGACCUUGACUGAAUUGUGCUCAUUCUGGUAUGGUUUGAAAGAUCUCUUCACUCUGCACAAGUUAGCGAAGAAAGUUGUCCUUGACCGUUAAAACUGAUGACGUCACAAAGGGUAGAAAGGACCUGGAUCCGCAUGGGCGGUUACGGGCGGUUCAGGGGCGAAUGGGUUAAAUGGUGGGGGUGUAUUAACAGCAGUUUCCAACAAGUUGAUAGCAACCCAUGAAAGUACUUUUUAUUGGAAAUAAACCACUCUUCAUUUGAUUCAUUUAUAGAGCACCAAAUAGUGCUUUCGAACCCUUGGAGUGUCUGGAUCAAACUUUUUCUAGGCUCACAGUGAAAUCUCUCCUAAAUGUAGUACUAACUAGCAAUUCCAAUUUGCCAGAUGUGCUCUGGGACAAAGAAGGUGGCUACUUGCUAAAACCCAGCCCUGCCCAUGGUAUGGAAGUAAACACCAAGCUCCUUGAUGUUAAAAAUGACCACUCUAUGUUUCAGCACGUGGAACAAGCUACACGCAAAGGAAACAUUCUUGAUUUAGUACUCACAACUAACCCAAACCUAGUACAGAAUGUCCAGGUGGUUGAGGGUAUGAAUGAUCACAAUGCAGUUCUUGUGGAUAUUGCUCUGAAACCAUCCUUUAACAGGAAACAACUGAGGAAAGUUUUGCUGUAUAAAAAGGAUGAUGUAGAAUUGGAUAGAAAUGACUUGAAACUACAAGGUCUAGACAAUUAUCUCACUGACAAUCAAGUGAUGAAAAAGCUUUGUCCUCUAAAGAAAUUGGGAUUGUGCUGGAAUGUACCAUGGAUGAAUAGCUGAAUCAAGCAUAUAAUAUUCAAGAAACCAGUAGUCUGGAAGCUCUUCAGAACCUCUAAUACAGGUUGCAGCUCUUUUUUUUCUGUGGCUAGGGGUUCCAUUGUUAACUUUGUUUGUUUAUUGUUUUCCUAACCGGUUGCGAACCAAUCCCUGUGAGGACUUCUGACGGCUGUAAGACUGCCCAAAGAAACAGAAACUGUAUAACAGAGCACUCAAACCUAAUAGCCAACUGAAGCUGAUUGGAAGAAGUUUAAAGGUCUAUGCAAAGCAACUGCUAAAAGGUUGACUUGUGCAUGUGAGAAGUACCUGUUGGACCCCCUGAUGACCAAUAACAAGGACCAUGAUACUUGUAAACCUACGACGACCAAGCGAUUUUGGACCUAUAUAAGAUCAAAAGUCAUGACAACGUUGGUGUCGCUCCCUUGGAGUUCAACAAUGAUGUCCUGUCCAACAGUUGGGGGAAAACCAAUUUACUAAGUAAUUACUGUGAUUAAAAUCUGUUUUUACCAAAGAAGAUCUGCAAAACUUGACCGCUGAAGCUACUAGCCCGUAUCCCUAGCCUGGCAGGGAUAACAAAACUUCAGAAGGUGGACUGCAAAAAGCUAAUGGACCUGAUGGAAUCUCUUGCUACAAAUUAAAGGAGGCCUGGCUAAGGCAAUGGCUUAUGUGUCAAAGCCAGUCAGUUGCUAUUGAUGGGGACAACUCCCUGGAAGUGCAAGUUCUUUCUGAGGUCCCCGAGGGGACAGUCCUUGGCUGCCUUGUUUUUCUCUUAUGCAUCAAGUACCUAGAGAACAUUGUACCUCAAAGAUGUGCUGCUUGCUGAUGAUACUUUAUUUUAUUGAGUCUUAUAAUGAUGCCAACAACCUACAGUCGGAUCUAAGAGCACUUCAAGAAUGGUCCCAGAAAUGGCAUACAAAAUUUAAGUCCAGCAUCCUAAGAAUAUUGUGGAAGCAAUAUCCGAGUUUAACUACAUCCCAAAUAGAAAAGUGUUAGAUUUGGUCACCCACUAGCCAGGGUUUUCCCUCAAUAUUUUCCUUUUGGAGUCCUUAAGACUCCUUACACCAAAGGUUGAGGGUUCCAGAGGGAACAGUGGGAGUCCUAAGGUUAGCAUUGUUUCAGAUUCCAGGAAAUCUUUGAAACAUUUUCGGGUUUCUUGUAAAAAACAGAAGCAUCACUACAACCGCUCACAGCCUAAAGUUCCAUUAUUGGAAUUUAUCAGCAGCAUGUUGUUCUUAGUCAUAAGAUACACUUUUUUAUGCUGAACAAUGUGCCUGCUUGUAAUUUCCAGGGUUUGAUUGUCGAUGUUCUUCUUUGCAUUUGAAACUGUUGCUUGAAAACUUUUUCUAAGCUCGAGGUCACUGAUACUCAAAAUGUGAUCUUUAGAAGUUUCGAGCCUUACCGGGGCCAGCUUCUGAAGAUUGUUAUAGCCAACCGUUGUGAAACGGUUUCUCUUACCUGUUGACUUACAGAUAUCGCAACCAUGUAAAUUCUUUCAACCAAGCAGGCAGAAAAUGUCUCUUUUUCUUAACGGGCUCACUGGGCUGUGAUUCCGAAUCCACCAUGUUUUUCCAACUCAGUUUCUGUCCCAGGAUGCCUCACAAUAAAACAUUAGUUCCCAAACCUGAUGGCUGUUCUCCGAUUGGAACAUAAAAAAGUAAGCUUGAGAACCUUUCAAGAUUAAAAAGUCUUUAUAUUUCAUUCUCAAAAAAGAUUUUUUGCAGAUCUACGCAGUUGUAAACUAAUGAUUAGUAAACUGUCGCUCUAGAACAUGUGUGUCCUAGAGGACCGGUUCUAUUUGGUGUUUUGCGUCCUUUCUUUCUUUGUCGGCUAAACGACGCUUCUCUGACGCGUAUUUGCUCGUAAGGGAGUACCCUGACUAGCCCAUCUAGAACUGUCUAAAAACCUCGACUGGAGCCAUCAUAUAAAUAACAAGUUAAGUGAAUAAAACUGACACUCAGAUUUCUCUGGCAAACCUGAACAAUUGCACCAAGAGAGUGAAAGAAGUAACCUACAUUUACAAAGUCCUUGUUCGGCCUCAUGUGGAAUAUGGCCACCCAGUUUGGGACCCACAUUUAAAAAGUCAAACAAAAUUAAUAGAGAUAGUGCAGAGGAGAGCUGCGUACUUCAUUAAAACUGUGAUACAUGGGAACCAGGAACAGUUGUUAACCUCUCAUAUGAUUGAACUGGAUACCACUGAAGGAACGAAGAACAAUCUCGCGGUUAACCGUAUUCCACAAAGCAAUUCACGAUGAUGGUAGCCUGGCUUUCCCAGAUUAUGUUAUGAAACAUUGAAGGCAUUUAAGGAAGUUUAGCCAGAACAAGUUUAUUGAACAGCUAUCAAAUACUGAGACAUCUGAGCAUGGUGGUGUCCGUCUAGAAAGCUGGUUACCUCCAGUCUAAACCAGCUAACUUUUGUCAAGACAUGCGCAUAUUGUAUGCACGCUGCAGACUCCCUUACAGAUAAUCCCUUUCCCGCGUCCAGAGUCUGUACGGACCCACAUACACUGUAUACAUAAACAAAUAGGACUUACUGCAUCAAUAAGGUUUUCAGUUUUUAUAGAUAUGGCUGUUGCAGCAAUGAAUGGAAAUAAUGUGAAAGUUAUUGACAAUCUGUUUUAGAUAUGGUUAAUCAAGAAAAACCUGACGAAAGAGCUGUCAUGACAUACGUCUCUUCUUACUACCAUGCAUUUACAAGUUCACAAAAGGUAAUUACCAAAUAAUACAACAAACUUGAUAAUCACUUAUCUGAGUGUCUUUUAUGCCAUGUUUUCUCUAGCACUUGUGUCCAUUGUUGAAAGGCGAUUUUACAGGAUAGAACUUGUGAAAAUCAUUAAUACAUAGUGCGCAAAUGUCUGGGUAACUGCAAGACGCUCAAUUGUGUUUGGAAAUUUAUUUUCGUUCAAAAAUAAUGCUUUGGGUUGGCUUACUACAGUUUUUGCACACCCUAAGAAAAUACCUGAUAUCUUUUUUUUGAGCAAAAACAACUGCAGUUUUGUUCAAAACUGUCAAUAUUAUUUCAUUAAAAUGCUUGUAGCUUGUUUUAACUUCUAUAAUUCAUGUAAUCUUUGAGAAGAUGCUCAAGUUAAUCUCACUAAUUAAGUGUCAUUUACUCCAUUUUUACAUCUGUAUCCUCAAAAGGUAGGUUUAGUGCACACAAGUGAGUUUUCUAGAAAAAUGACAAUGUAUCCAUCAAAAUGUUUAGACUACAGAUUAACAUAAAUCAUCUAUCAGAGCAAAAAACAUUGGAAAUUUUUCACAACCCCUUAAAUGUGCGUAUACUGAAAAUUGAAUUAUAACAGCUAAGGUGAGUGAUAGAAUCCCUUAAAAGGUCUAGAUUUCAGUCUUCUUCCUAACUUGAACUUAGUUAGAACUCAGUUAUAUUAUUUUAUCAUUUUCCAAAACUCAUUUUGGAUGCUUGUUGGAUUUUCUUUUCAAGGAUGACACCCUAAUAGAAACCCCUUGCAGCUUUUAGUUUGAAUAUUAUUUUAAAUUUUUAGAUUUCAGAAUUUUUGUAAUUUUUUGUCAUUAAAUCAUAACUUCAGGUUAAGGUAUUUGAAAUUUUAUCAUAGUUAAUUCAUAAUCUUAGCAAUAAGUAAUUCAAACUUUUAACAUUAUUUUUUAAUUUAGGUUCUGCCGUAAUUUCCCUGUUGGAUAUCUGUAAACAAGCCGUAUGGCCAAGCAUAUUCACCAUGUAAAAUAAAAUGUCGAUGUCUGUGUCUGUUUAAUAUCAUUAUCUUGUGAAGACUGUAAUAACAGCUCUGUGUUUUUUAAUAGGCUGACACAGCAGCCAAACGAAUUGGGAAAGUGCUUAAUAUCAACAGAGGCAAUGAAAAGAUGAUGGAGGACUACGAAAAUAUGGCCAGUGAUGUAUGUACACUUAUUACUUCAUUCCCUUUAAUACACAAGUCAUCAGCCAGUGCCUUACUAAGAAUUGCCCAUAUACAGAUAAUAUACGUUGAAACUGUAGUAGCCCAUACAUGUAGCAUCAUAGUGAACAGGAGAGUGAAAUAACAGAUUGAGUCGGGUGCCACAGUAGGGAGCUUUACAUCAAGAACAUGACAGAUCUGUGUUUUUCACAUCAAAGGCUUCCUGCACAUGUUCGACCAUGUCAUGAGUUAAAUAUAAUACAUAUCAAUUGCCCUUGUUUUGAACAAAAUAAGUAAGAAUAUGUACAACCUACAGUCUUGUACUAACUUCCUGAAGAAAUUUGCACCACAACCUUAGCAAAGUUGUGACAUAUUUUGUCUUGUAGCAAGUGUGAUUUUAAUUUUUUCCAGCAAUUAUCUUACCCACAUUGAUGAGCUCCAUGGGGCAAGUAUAGUUUUUUCUCAGUUGUGAGAUUGACUCAUAGUGCUUCUGUGAAAUUAUUUUUUGUAGCUUCUUGAUUGGAUCAACAAGACUAUGCCAUGGCUACAGAACAGAAACAAUGAUGGUACAUUAAAUGACAUGCAGGUACAGUUCAUUCAGAUGUGUAUAACAUCUCAUCACACUUCAGGUCUGGCUUCUUGAAGGAUUUAUGUUGAUUCCAAAACAUUAAUCUGUUGAUUGCAGCAUGGCUUUUUUUGUGCUGUACAAUGGACAUGCGCACAACGAAAUGUAUUUAUUUUGAAUUAUUAACGAUGGCUUUUGUUGUUUAGAAAAAGUUAGAUGAUCUUCGAGUAUACCGGAGAAGUGAAAAGCCUCCGCGUGUAGAAGAGAAGGGAAUGCUGGAGACCAACUUCAACACCUUGCAGACCAAGUUGCGGUUAGGAAACCGACCUGCAUACCUCCCUACAGAAGGGAAAAUGAUAAGUGUUAGUUGUGUUCUUUUCCAUUGGUAACUAGACCACCUAAAGCAAGUUCAAUUGCAUGUAAUGUUGGCAGAAAUUUUUUCAUGUACCUGAGGUUUGUUGUUGGUGUGUUCAGGAAUACCAGUACUGUUGGUAAGAAAUGUGGGCAAACAUUGGCGUUUCCCUUAAAGAUGCAGUUGAUGCUAAGAACUCCUUUUACAAUAAGUGGAUAGUAAAAUGUGUGUAUGACUAAGAUAGCCCUUUUAGUUCCAGUAUCAACAGAAGAAAUCACAAUGGAAUUAUGAAUUUGGAAAUGAAAUUGAACAACACAGUCAACAAGACUCAGAUUGAAUUCAACUAUUAUAUUUAGAAGGAAGAUUGCUUAGAUAAGCUCCCAAUGAAAACAGCAAUACGCGACAAUGCUAAAUGUGGCAACUGCAUGAAGUCUUAAAUUAUGGUCAUUCAGUCUGUCAUUCAAUCCAUGUUCAAUAAUUCAAGGUCAAGGAGACUGAAAGGUGAAUCUUGAAAAAGCUUACUUUAAAGUUUAUUGAAGCUUUCAGAUGGCAAGUGAUGUAGCAUGCUUGGAAACAUAUCAUAUUAAAAUCACUUUAGAGCUAAAAAUAAUUACUCAAAAAUAUGAGAGAUAGAAAGCAAACAAUUUUAAAACCUGGUUUAACUAAACCGACAUGGCAUGGGUUUAUAGACUAUGCAAUUACUUGUAUUUACCGGAGGCUUGUCUGCCACUAAGCUGAGAUCAGGCUAUACAGCUUUUGUUUCACUUAGUAAUAGAUUUAUGGUGGGCAAGUUGAAUUGAAAAGUCUGCUUCUGUUACAGAAAAUUACGUGUGGAUGUUUUAAUGAAUCAAAGUAUCAAACAAACAUUGUUCCAAAUACCUCAGAAAUUUACAUUCAGGUGAUUACCUCAGGGAUUUUAGAUGAACCUUCAUCUCAACACCAAGGACACAUCCCGGGAAUGUGGACAGAUUUUGCUAAGACCCUCCUGUUCUGUCUAAGAAAGUGCAGCUGACUACCCCACUAACAAUUCAUCAUUAUAAACCAUUGCUUGCUUUGUCUUUUGUUACCUUCUAAUCUAGGACAUAAACAGAGCAUGGGGGAAUUUGGAAUCAGCAGAAAAAGAUUAUGAAGACUGGUUGUUAACAGAAAUGAGACGGUAAGACCAUAAAAUUAUAAUCUUUUAUAAGACUGUUGAGAGAGUUGUGCUUUUAUUGUCCUCCCAGAGUUUGCAGCCAAACAUGUAUAUAUUUGCAGAAUUUAUGAAAAAGUAAAGAAUAAAAUAUGUUGUUACAAUGAAAGGAAUUUUGAAUCUCAAUUUGAACACAUAAGAUGUGCUUUGUUGUGUCAGGUAAUAAUUGUUACAUUUUUUAUUGUAACCUCCAAGCUACAUCAGAAAAUACCCUUAAAAAAUAGCAGAAUUAUUUCUGUAAACAAAUAAUCUUUAUUUUCAUCAAAUGGCAGGGGCAGAUAUAGGGAGAACAUUUUUUACUAAAACUUAUAAUAUAAUUUUUUGAAAUGUGAACAGUGUUGCCCUGUUUUGUAAGAAGCAAGCCUGAAGUAAAAUAGAAAAGCUUAUGCUACUUUAAACAAAAAGGUUUGAGUUUAAUUUUACAACAAAGUUUCCUCAAGAACUUUGGCUAGAAAAUGUCAUAGUGAUGGACCAUCAAUAACUUCAAUGCUGUUGAUUCUUGUUAAAGUCUUGUUUUUUAUCAUUUUUGGGUGUGUUUUUGCAGUGUCUUGAACUCAUCCAGAGACAACAUUGUAUGAUUUGUUUAUGAGCAACUUGUUCUCCUUAUCAGGUGGUAACUGGUAAAAUUUACCACCUGAAGCAACAGUUCUUUCCUCUUGCAAACGCUUGAAGGUUUGCUAAGAUUAAAUAAAGCAGAAUUUAAAAAAAAAGUAGUUGUAAUCCGAUCGGAUUCUCACAAGGAAAAUGAAUAAAUAUGUAUGGAAAAGUACUGAAGUAUACACAGCUUUUCUUUUUAUGGGUCAUGCAUUUUGGAAAGAGAACAUUGGAGUCGGAGUGAAAUAAUUUAAUUGUUGUCUUAAGAUAACAAUGGCCGAUUUGCAUAAAAUAGGUCGUAAAAUGAGAGAAUGAUAUUUCAGAGAACUCAGCUCCUAAAUUUCUCAGCGAGGGUGAGGCCGUGUCCCUCUUUUUUUUUCAUUUUUUUAUUUUUUAUUUUUUAUUCCAGACACACAAACAAUAAUAAUUACAAUACGUUACAUUUACAAUACAUUACAAUAAAUUCUAAUUAUCAGUUACUAAACAGGUAACUGUUAUUGUUUAGAGAAGGGCAAAAAGUGAAAUAAAGACAAAGUCCACAAAAAUACUAUAGUUUAUAUAUUAACAGUUAAGAGAAGACUGCCUGGCUUAUGUUCCCCCAUUCCCCAUCUGCCCAUUUGUCGCUUGCACUUUAAAUUAGCUGUGUAGAUCAAAUUAUUUUCUGAGGGGCAUUGUUUGAAAGUAGCCCAUUCCUUCCUAAAGGAGGCUAAGUUAUUAUCAUCAAAGGCAAUCUGUUUCUCAAUUUCCAUGGAGCAUAUGACUAACUAACCUCUUUUCAUUACCCCUAUCCCCACCCCCCUCCAAAAAAGGGUGCACUUCUGACGCAUAUUUUUUUGCCUUACUGGCUGUGAAUGGUCCCAUACCUGCUGCGUUAAUUAAGGAAGAACACUGUUAUGAGACAUGUUAUUGAUUGUAUGCUAUGCUUCUUAUUGGUAAGCAAACAACCAACAACCUCCAUGGCCCCUUUUGGAAUAAACAUAAGGGGAGAAGUGUGUAUGUGUUAUUUUCUUUUGAAAUUGAUUUUGUCCUUUUGGGAUGGUGGCCUUAAUUUAUGACUUUGACCAAACCUCAUGUGAUCAAUGACUUCAUAGCACUGGAGCAAUUCUCAGUUAUGUGCCCUGAGUUCUUUGUUUUUUCCCAUCUCAACAGCAUGGAACGACUGGAUCAUUUAGCAGAGAAGUUCAAACACAAAUGUAAUAUUCAUGAAGCAUGGACCUCUGGAAAAGUUGAUACUUUAAAAACAGAUGAUCAGGAGAAGGCUACUUUGGCUGAUGUGCUGGUAGAUAAUCAGUCUUAGCACUAAGUAAUGUCGCUUCAAAAAGAAGCAACAGUAAAUAAUAUUUAGAGAAGGCCAUAUCCAUAUCUAUAUCAGCUAUGUUUUUCAACUAACACAUUUCAGUAGGCACUGUUUGUAAUAGUUACUGCAGUAAGGACUUCUACCCACGUCUGCCAUGUCCACAGAUUCUACAAUUUGCAGUUGAAGGGGUGUUAAUGCAUUGCAAGCAAGGAACUACUCAUUUAAUAGACAAAAUUAAUUAACUAAUUAAGGGAGAGUUUAAUUUUAAAAUGCUAAGGCUUAUGUUCAUGUUAUGUUUUAGGCCUUGAAGAAGAAACAUGAGGCAUUUGAAAGUGAUCUAGCAGCUCAUCAGGACAGGGUUGAGCAAAUUGUUGCAAUUGCUCAAGAGCUCAAGUAAGCAUUACCAUCAUGAUAAAGCACUUCUAGUUGUUAACCUUCAAGAAAGCCCAUACCUUCACCCCUACACAGCUGGGAUUGAAAAUAAUAAUGUUAUGGCACUUUUUUGGUGUGAUUCUUGUGAUAUGUGUUCGGUCCCUGAACACUAUUGGUGGUCCCAUACAAUCUCAUUUUGGUCUGUAUUAGGAUUGUGUUCUAUGUCAAACAGAAUAAAUACUCACAUGCUAAUGAUCAGGGUCUUCAAUUAACGGAGAAGAAAGUGCCGCCUUUGUAAUGACAUCCUGCAAACAGACGUUCUAGUCUUCAUGGAUAAGAACAAAAAAACAUAGGUCCUGUCUCACAGCACUUUCAUUUGUCUGGUUCUCAUGGGAUGCAACAGAACCCACACCACUGUUUGGAAAGAGUAGGGGGCGUAGAUCCCAGUAGUGUGGCUAACCUUUCCUAGGCUGGUGGACAAUAUCUGUGAGGAGAGAUCUUAACAUAGGGUUAACUUCAUGAUGCUCCUUCAGGUGUUGUUAUGGCUACCGGUAAACAGUGUAUUUACAUGUAUGUAAAGGUAUUUGAAAGCAAUUGGAAAGAUUUGGUACACUCAUCGAGGCCAUUACAUGUAAUCAUGAUAUUUUUGUUUUUAGUGCACUCGGUUACAGCGAUGUUGCCUCUGUAAAUUCAAGAUGUCAGGUAAGAAUCUCUUGAGUCAUAAAUAAAUGAAGCGCUUGGUGUGAGAAAGUCCCUUUGAUAAUCUGGUAACUCUGGAAAGUAUUGCAGUAAACAAAAUAAUCAGUAAUAAUAGACCAUUUUUGAUAUAUUAAAAUUCAGACUUGUCACUGAGCCCUGAGGGAAAUGAGUCAUGUUGAGGUUCAGCAAUGAGUAAUACACUUCUUUUGGCCUCAGUGCCAAGUCUGACUUUUAAGUUAUUGAAUUUUUUUAGUUUGUCCUUUAGUACAGUGGCCUUUCAGAAAUUGAUAGGCCUAUUGAGUUUGUGAGAAUGCAUCCUAAUCUGGUGUUUCUGUGGCACGAAGGCAGAGGUUUUCGAGCUAUCACGGGCAACUGCAAAUUAGCCGUCCCUAUUAAUUUUUUCAGGGGCACCUCAGCCAGGAAACUGUACUCUUUCCACUUGAUUUUGUUUCCAUAAUUUUCUGUAAGUCACGAACGUGGAUCCGUAAUCAAUGAUUACCUCUAGUAUGGAUAGCAUUAUUCUAUGCAUUCUUACCCCUUUACUAUUGUCAUCAGUGUUGUUGUGUCUUGAUGGAGCACAUCUUUCUGGCAUUUUUUGAGCUUUUAACAGGUGCUUCAGUUUGUGAAUAGACUUCUUUUGCUUGUAUGUUUUGUUUUUCUAAUAGAGGUCCCAGGGGAAGUUGACCCUUUGUCUUUCUUUAAAUUAUGUGUAGAUAUGCCCAUGGAUAAGAUGCGAGUUGAAAGAAACAUGGUGUAUUUGAAGUUUUUAUAAAAUUUUGUUACAAAAAUAAUCAUUUCAGGGCUAACCGUGGCCGGUCAUGUUGAGCAGCCAAGCAAAUUUUAGGUCGGUCAUGCUAGCCGGGUUCUGGCAGGUCAAAAUAUGGAAAAUGUUUGAAAAUAUUUAUUUGAAAGUAAUAACCAAUUUUAAAGACAAAAAUAUUGCUUCAUAUGCUCAAAAUACUUCUUGCAUUGCAAACUACGGAAAAUUCAAAGAUACAGGGUACGUUAUUCACCUGAUAUUCAAAGCAUUAAAAAAAUGCAUUUUAUUGCAGAUGAUAAAACAUGCAACAAACACAGAACUUACUUUCUUUCUUUCUUCUCUUUUUCUGUUUUAUAAAGUAUUGCUCGUGUGUUGUUACUCCUGUCCAGGCCACUCCACAAUUUAUGCUGUAAUAAUUGCUUGUUGAUAGCAGACGUUAAUUGAUGCGAUAUUGUAUUGUUUUCCAUUUUAUUUUAGUAACCAGCUUAUUGGCGUUCACAAAGCUGUGAACAUACACAUCUCAAUUUAUGACUGGGAUCAUUAUGGUUCUGGGGAACUGCCCACCUACCCCUCCCCUAUUUUUGUGUGAUUUAACUGUUUUUGUAAUUUACAGAGUUAAUGUGAAUAAAUUUAUUUUUGCAGUUAUUAAUUUUAAAGCCAUGCACUUGACCGGUCAAAAUGACUGGCCAGCUGUCAUUUUGAGCCCUUAGUCCAGUUGUUUCAAGGUCGGCUAGCACUAACCUUUGUCCAUCAAAGUUUGGACAAUGAUAGUUAUCAGAAUUUGCUUUGUAAGGUCUCACUUCUGAAUUCAAAUUUUGUACUAACCCUGGAUUAUCUUAACCCAGCUUUGAACAACCCUGCCCUGGGUGUUUGUUCUUGAAGUAACUUUCAUUAAACAACGUAUUUUCAAUUUUGGUUAGUUGCACUUAAGCUCAGUUUUUAAAUUACCUGUGUUUUUUAGACAAUAUGUGAUGAGUGGAAAGAUCUUGGAACCCUUACAGAAGAGCGUCAACAAAAGAUUGAGGUUUGCAAAGAUUUUAAUUUAAAUGUUGGCUGAGUGUGUGUAGUUGUCCAACACUUGACUUUCUUUGUUAACUGCAGGAACGUCAGAAGUUACUUGAAGCGUUGGACAAUCUGUACCUAGAGUUUGCCAAAAAAGCAGCGGUAUGACAUUUUGACAUUUUUUGUCUCAUUUGAUUUGCUUGCAUUACAUUGCAUUGGGUAAUAUCAAGUUGUGUAAAGGUUGAUGAACAGUUUUACAUCUUUUUAAGAAAACCAAAUGGCACUGUGACUUUUUAAAAAAGCUAAUUUUUAUAAUCUUUUGAAUAGUUCCCCGUGAUCAUUUAGGUUUUUAGUGGAGGAAACUUUUUGUGGCGUUUUAUCGUUUCACACUUGUUUUUUGUCUUUAUAUAUAUUUUUUUCAGGACCUCUCUGAAAACCACCCUGGUGAGAGAGUCUCCUGGAUAAAAAUUAUUGUUAUUAUCAAUGUUUUUAUACCGUUUCGCACCAAAUGCCUGCUUUGACAGAAGGGAAUGAACAUGCUGACAGACAAUGUUCCUUUCACAAGGGUUCCCCAAACCAAUGAGCACAUGCUAUUAUUACUAGCUAUCUACCAUAUGGCAAUGAACGUUUUGGGAUGAGAAUCAAAAAUGGAAUUGAAGUUGACUAGUGCGGCAGUUGCAGUCAAAGUAAAUUUUGAACUGUACAAUAACAAGAUUAAAAAUCUUAACUGAAGGGCUGGACAUUUUGUCAGAAAUUUGCAUGGUUUAGCAUAACUGAGUAGUUGAACCUCAGGACUUGAGACUUCAGCAAAUCGAAACAGCAUUCAGUGCCAGACUCAAAUUGUGAGUCCAAUGCUGUACUGACCAGUCUCGUAUGUUUUUUUGUUCUCUUUGAAGCCAUUUAACAACUGGCUUGAAGGUGCUCGUGAGGAUUUGAUGGACAUGUUCAGUGUACACACUGUGGAGGAGAUAGUGGUAUGAAGUGGCACAGUUAUCUCUUUGUCAUUUUUAUUGCUUUUUGAAAUGUCAUACUUUCUUUAUUUGUUAUUAUUUAUUUAUGGUAACAUCUACCUAGAGCCUUGAAAACUAAAUUACAAAUGUUGAAAACCGCACUAGUGUUGGGGUAGUUUUGAAAACGAAGCACUCGAAAACGAAGAUCGAAGCACGAAGCACCCAAAUCUCGAAAACGAAGCAACCACAACUCGAAAACGAAGACCCCUAAAUCUCGAAAACGAAGCACCCAAAACUCGAAACCACUGUAGGUUUAAUAACUACAACUUUACGUCUUACAUGACGCAAUCCCAAUCAGGUGGAGGCAGCGGACGCGUCCGCACCUCCAAAGGUCCACGAAAUCCAUCACAAGGUUUUAUAAGAGCCUGCCAACUGUUUAACUGAACUUUUCUAGAUAGGAUAUACUGUAUUAAUUUUAUUAUUGGUCUCGCUAUACUUGAUACAUCUUAUCUUAAUAUGCAUUUUUUCGGUACACAUACAUGCUUCUGUAGACUUCAAAACUGUCCGUCAGCAGAUUUUCGGUUACGUUGAAUUGAUCGCAUAAUAAAAAAAAUGCACUUUAUAAUAUUAGCGUGGCCCACCAGGGUUGUCAUUAAGAGCCGGGGGCCAGGGAUUUUCCCCGGCUACUAAGAGAGUGGCCCCCGCCUACUUUUAUCGGAAAAUAGAAGAAAAAUAGAACCAAAAGAAAUCCCUGGCCAUUUGAUUCCCCGCCUACUUGUUGUAUUUACCCAGCAACUUGAAAUCUUGGUGACAACCCUGGUGGCUAUGUAUUAAGCACGAAAGUACUAACAGGGGACACUAUUUUUACAUCUCCUACUGGAGACGGGACCGCCAUUUUACAUGGUCGUCUGAGCCACGCGAAGGUCUAGCCGCUUGCAGUGCAAAGGGAGUACCUUCAUUUCUCUGAAUAUUGGUCCUGCCCCCGGGAAAUGAACCCGUGACCUCCCGCUCUGCAGUCACAUGUUCUACUGACUGAGCCAACACUAGGGUAGUUUCGAAAACGAAGCACUCGAAAACGAAGACCGAAGCACGAAGCACCCAAAUCUCGAAAACGAAGCACCCAAAACUCGAAAACGAAGCACCCACAAACUCGAAAACGAAGACCCCUAGAUCGAAAACGAAGCACCCAAAACUCGAAAACGUGGUAUUUGAAUACGCCAAAAUUAGAAAAUACAUACUAUCAACAAAAACACACAAUAAAUAAACACGAACAUAGCGAAUCAAUAUCCAAUCUACGCCACAGCUGUAGAUUUAAUUAAUUGUUUUGGUCGUAUAAAUUUAUCUGGGCGCUAAUCAGAUCGACCUUAUGUAAAGCUAUACGUAUAUAUAUAUUGUUUCUCAUAAAGGAGUGUUUCCCCUUUCACCCAACUCGAAAAUAUUGUAGCUUUCUUUGAAGGUCAGAUUUGUUGUUUCUUGUUUGGAGUGAUAUUCAUUCUCCUUUGCUUUGUAUUGUUGGUGGUGGAUAGUUGUAACCUUUGUCUCUUAGAUACAGUAGUAAUAUUUGAUUGUAUUUAUAAAGGAAUUGCAAGAUGCUCACCAGCAGUUCAAGGCAAAUAUGCCAGCUGCCGAAUCAGAGUUUCGGUCGAUCGUUGACUUAAGAAACCAAACGAAGCAGAUAUCUGAUCAGGAAAACCCUUACACCAGUGUGACUAUAGAGGUUUGUUGUUUAAACGUUCAUUAAACAUUAUUUAGAUAUUUCCUAAUUAUCCUUUAAAAUUUGUUAUCUUUAUGAAUAUGUGAUGCCAAUUAGCAGUUUGUUGCAUGCUGCAAACUGAAAUUAAAAUCCGCAAGUUUCCUAAUCUUGGUAACCCUCAAAUGACUUUUUUUGUAACAAACAGGAUGCAGAAAAGGUCCCAGAAAAGGCAUCACAUAUUCUCAAAACCUUGCCACUGCAGAGGUUCCUGCCAACUUAUCGCUGUCUGGAAAGUUCCUUGACACACUGGUUGGCAGACCGCAACUAACAACGCUUCAAUUUUUAUUCACAACUGCUAAAGUGUAUUCCAGCGUAUACAGAACAUAAUGGGAAACACAAUCCUGCAUAAAGGAUUUGACAUUGCACUGUCAACUGUACAGCCAAGUUGCUUGCAAUGUAACUAAAUUGGCUUCAUUCUUCUAAGAUUCAUUGAACCAAAUCACUGUUGUCACAUGCCAUUGUAAGUUUCAUUGUGCAGAUAAUGAAGUAUUUUAAUUUUGCAUUUUGGAAAUUUUGUGGCGGGAAUUUGUAUACACUUAGUAAUUCUUGAUAAUGUAAAGAUUAAUGAAUAAGAGAAUCAGAUCAAUUAGAAUUAACCAAAGUGAACCCCCCUCCGAGAAAGAAAAUCUUUGAGUUCAAGGCUAUAUGGCUAGCAAGGGUAUUUUUCUCAGGGGCUUACGACGUAAUAUAAACUGUAACGUGUUUUUCUUACAAAUUUAUAAUUCUUAAAGAGAAAUAUUGUUGCCAUAAUAAAAUUUUGCAGUCUUAACGAAUAAGGCACUGUUACUAUCGUAUUUGAGGCGAUUUCUUGCUUUACAAGGCCCUGUCGAUACGUAUCCGAAUAUUUCUUAAUGCGCAACUUUUCCUUUCCGGAUAAGGCUUCCGUCCACACGUAUCCGGUGAAUCCGGCAUACGAAUCCGCAACUUUUUGAAUCCGCUCUCCAGAGUGGAAAUUUUGGAAUACGCUAUGAAUCCGGAAUAGUGUGGCUGCUAAAUCCGGAUAUUUUUUAUCCGGUGACGUAACAAGAUCGAGCCUAUAGCUCUUUACCGUCAAUACUGUGUUCAAGAUGGCAACCUCAACGCAUGCUCUGUUUCCAAUAUUCCCAGAGGAGUCCUGGGUACUAGAGUGAAUCCGGAUACGUGUGGGGACUUAGGACCAAAGUAAACCAACGUUUUUUCUGUUUUAUUCACAGGAAAUCUCCCUAGCUUGGAGUGAAGUUUUAGAGUUGGUUCCAAAGAGAGACGAACUUCUCGCGAAUGAAAAGGACCGACAGGAACGUAUCCUUUCCAACUUCUGGGGACAAAAACACAGUUCUUCCGAGUUCUCAUUCGUUAACGAUAAUUUCUCCUUAGCAACUCUAACCUGAGUCGUUCCCUUUCCUGUCCUUUAAAAAAGCCUUUUACUUAGGCUACAACAACUGAAAGUGUGGUAAUGGUCGCAAGUAAACCGUAUUAGAUUGUAAAUGUGUACGUUUGAAAAUAAUCAAGUUAUGGCAACAAUUCUGUUUUGUUUAUGAAGCAGUUUAAUUUACCAAAUAUCACCAUGUAGCAUAACACAAGAUGCUAUCGUCAUUGUGUUACUAGUCGUAUUUGAACGUAUUUAUGCGGCCUUGCUUGUUUGGGUAAAGCACCCGAUCGUGACUUGUUGUUUGUAAUGGGCUGGGAUCAUUUCUCCUUUCUCUACGUUUGUGAUAUGACGCCAAAUAUUCGACAAAAUGAAUCAGUUUUUACCAUAACUAACAUAAGGAAAUGAAAGACUGAGAGUGGAGUUUGCUAAGAAGGCUAAUGAAGUGGGACCAUGGAUUUCAGCAAACGAAGAAAGAUUACGCUCUAUCGCUCUGAACAUGCAAGGACCUCUGGAGGUAAAUACUUUGCUUCAAUACUCACUGCCUACUUUAAAACUCUUAAUGAAGUUGGUAUCAUUUCUCUGUAAAGAAAGGUAGUCAAUUGAAAAUGUACCUCUGUCUCUGAUCCAACUCUCUUGGGGUGAUCAAGUGGCAUUGUUGUAAGUGUUGUAGAGCUCUCAUGCAGUAACAGUAUUGUGGCGCCAACCCUUGACAACAAUUAGUCGGCUCAUAACUAGGUUGAGUAUCAUCGUCUGGGUGAACGUAGUCCUGAACAGGACUGUUGUCGUUGACAGUGACUGACGUUUCGACAACCUGUUCGGGGCCUGUUCGGUAGUCAUCUUCAAAGUUAAACUGAGUUGUAUCCCGUUGUAAGUGUGUAUACGUUGCAGACGUAUCUUUGUCUUUUGUUUAUAGAGUCAACUGAAUGCUGUACAAGAACUUGAACAAAACGUUGCACAAUACAAACCUCAAAUAGAUGAGCUGGAGUUGGUUCAUCAGGUACGUUGUCUCUUUUCUUCCCCAAUAUAAUUACGCGUGUGGCUCGCUUCGUCAACUUAUUCGAGCAGGAACUUUUGAAUGGAUGUGAUUAUCAAACUCGCACGAACCAGCAGAAUUAAUUCAGGCAGUUAGUUCGUUUUAGUUCUUUUCUUUAACACGUGAUAGUUCAUCACCUGGCAACGAAACCUAGACAACUGACAAUUGACAACUUGUAACGUUUUGGGUAGUUUUGCUUCAUUUUCGUCAAAUGCUGAAUGGAAAACAGCUCCACCAGCUUCAAGGAGCGUUUUGGGCCAAAGUUUCCGCGGCUGAAUGUGUUAAGGUUAGCGGAUACCUUCGGGGUUGUCUCACGGUCGAGUAUCCUGUAUCAACGUUUUCUUACAUCAAAGGGACGGACCAUUAGAAAACUUAUGGGGGGGGGCGGGCGACGUUCGCGCAAGGGAAAAUUAAAUCCUUAACCCCUAAGUAUUCAAAAAAAUUCAUACAAGUUUGGUAACGAAAAAAAAAUUCUUCGAAAAUUCAUAACUUUUCUAAUGGUCCGUCCCUACGCCCUUAACCGCUAAAAUUGAAAGCGGUUAUUUAUUAAUAAUAUUAUUAUUACAAUAUUAAUAAUAAUAUUUUUUCUCCAAUUUGACUUGUUCUCUUGUCUCUGGACUCAGAGCGUUACUGAAAAUGCUUCGAGGUAGUACUUAUUCGAUUUCAACUGGAUAGUUACAGAAUAUUUUGCAGGUACAGUCGACUCUCGGUAACUCGAGCCUUCAAGGGAAAUCGAAAAAAGUUCGAGUCAUCGGGAGCUCGAAGAAAAUAGCCGGGAGUAAGGAAAAAACAGUUUUUACUGCACAGUGAACAUUUUAAUCACAUUUCAUUGUAGAAAUGUUAAGUGAAAAUUGAAAGAUACUUCUAGAUUAUAAAUCAGAACGUAACCUACUAAGACAUAGCCUAAAUAGAGCAUGCGUUUCACUGUUUUGAGAAGUAAAGCUGUUUCACGUUAGAUUUGUGACAAACAACAUCAGCCUCCACUAGUAAACUAUAUGCCUACAACAUGUCAAUGGGAAAUUCAAAAUUCAGUGUUUCGGACGCCAUAGAGCCGUGUUUUUUCCCCGACUUUUUAAGGGCUCAAAACAUGGUUCGAGUUAUCAAGGGUAAAUUACAUAGAAAAUAAUGAUCUGAGGGGAAACAAAAAUAACUUCGAGUUAGCGGAAGAUUCGAGUUAUCGAGGGUUCGACUUACCGAGGGUGAAGUUACAGUAAAUGUAUGACGGAAAUCCAGGGGAAAUCGAUUUUGGUUCGAAUUAGCGCGAGGUUCUAGUUAGAGAGGGUUCGAAUUAUCGGAAGUCAACUGUAGGAAUAAAAAAUUAACGUGUCCUGCAGAACAAACUCUAAACAGAAGCGAUAAAAAAGAAUCCGUGACACGUUUUUGUGGCUUAGAUGUUGACUGAACUAACCCCUUUUCAAAUUUAAGGCCGAAAAUUGCCCUUCAAGGAAACAUCUUAAAACCUUAACUUACGAUUAAAAUGUAAAAAAAAUGUCGUCAUUCACUACUUUUCAGCAAUCAUUUUUUAGAUGAAAGAUCAUACGCAUAGCUUUAAUUUGAACGACGAAAAAAACAACCAAAAUACAGUAGCCCAUCUUAGAGAAGUUGACUUUUCUUAUGUAAAUCAUGUUUUUCUUAUGCUAACUGGAAUUUUUCAGUAAGAAAACAGGGAGGUUUGCAUGAAAACCAGUUCAAACUUACCUUUUCGAAAAUUUCAGCCAGAAAAAAGGCUGCCGAAAAUCCUAGGCGACCUUUUAAGGGUAAAAAUCCGUUAAAAAUGGGAAAUUAUACCAUUUUUUAAAUGUUCGAAAAUCCUAGGAGAGGUAGACAAGCAAGAAAUUUUACACCAAAUGUUCCGAGAAUUUUAGAUCUCAAAUCGUCUUCCGAACAGAUAUUUUCCGAAAAUUGUCGUUGGGUGCGCCUGUUAGGUUUGAAAUUAACUUUUGUGUCUCCACAAGACUUGGUUUGGUUGCCCAUGAAAUAUUUCAGUCGUCCAAUUCAAGUUCUUAGCGCAGUAAAUCCAAACAGGUAAUACACUGAGGUAGCUCAAAUUAUCAACAAUUUGAUGUAGUUUUUUUUUUGUUACAAGAAAACGGAAUACCGACUUAGCUAAUGAGUCAAUUUGGCUGUCUUAAUGCGCCUCACUUGUUUCGUGUUUUUGGAUCCCGUCAAGGCGAAAAUUAUCGUUACCUGUUUUGCUCCCAAAUGUAGAUUUAUCUUUCGAAAAAACCGUCGGCAGUAACUUCAAAACAUAGCAUUUUCUUUCGCGUUUAAUUGUAGCCAGGGUCGGGAAGUGCUCCACGACUCUUAAAACUUCAAAUAACGAGCUUUUUUUGAGCUUUCUAAUUCUUGCACCUCUAAAUAAAGUCUGUAGAAGUAUAAUCUCUCUUUGUGGAUUCCAAAUUGAAGUAGCAGAUGAAGUUGGCUCAUAUUUUACAACUACACAAAAAACACACAUGGUGGAAACACAAAGCAUAUUUCACUGCAGUCCGUUAUGGACUACGUUUGCAUACAUCUGCUGCUGGUUAAUGCACAACAGCUUCUUUCAGGCUAAACGUUAAGUUCGGGAAGCGAGGAGAAAACCUCUUUUUUUUUCCGCGUUAGUUUUACUUGUAACUAAAUUAUACGUGUAGGUAUCAUGAACUCUUCCAAGGCAAAAAGCUGCUGCGAAAUUUAUUCCACUAUAGGGACCAAUGCUGGCCUAGCAGAUUGCGUUGUCCUAGGGGCAUCUCAGCACAAAUUGCUUGCCCCAUAGAUAAUUUGUUUUGGUUGUCUAGGACAACCGGACAACUGUUAAUUUCGACCUCUGCUACUGUAGUGAAAUAGCAGACAUGUUACUGAAGUGAACACAGUAAUCAUUGAAUGAAUGAAUUGUUAAACUAACUAUUUACGGCGCGUUUUAUUUUCAGGAUGUUCAAGAAGCUUUAAUCUUCGAAAAUCGCCACACAGAAUACACAAUGGAAGUGAGUAAAACUAUUAUUUGUUUUGUCUUUGGAGAGUUAAAUAGAAUUUUUGGGACCUGAAACUGACUGAUUUUACUUGAUUUAUCUUUCAGGCUCUUCGGGUGAAGUGGGAGCAACUACUAACUGCUAUCGCUAGAAACAUCAAUGAAAUCGAAAAUCAGGUAAAAAAAAACUAUAAGGAUUUGAUAUGUUUGUCAGCCCGGUUGCAUUGCAGGCGUUUUGAUAACCUCCAUGUUGAAUUCUGUGAGGCUUCGAGAAGUUGAUACCCCUACGCCCACCCCAAGGGUACCAAUUUCUACCCUCACCAUUCCUCUUCAGUGAUUGAAUCCAGCAAAAUUGCGGCCACGGGAUCAGGAACAUAAACAAGGCUCCACAUUUUUUGGAAAGUUUUGUACUGUAUUGAGUCCACAAUUUUGAUAUCUGCCCGACAGUUUUGAAGACACAUAGUUACCGUAAUAUGUGUAUUUAUGUAAGAGGAGUUUUCCUUAAUUGCGGCCAGAUAGUCACUUUUGUCACCUCUGUUUUUGUUGUUAUGGACGAGAGACACUUGGUGUUUUUGAAUAAAAGGUUAAUGAAGACAGGGGCGUAUGUGACAAUUCCGUUGAAAUGAAAGGUUGCUCAGAAGUCGCAAAAUUGUUUGCGUGCCUGCCCAUUUUUUAGUGGUAAACCUUGUUCGAAGAAGGUAAAGUAAAAGAUACCUGGAUAUCUGCGAAAAAGCAGACAGUUCCUCAGAAAGUUUGCUUCGUUGAGAACAAUGGGCUUAAAAUUUGUUGAACCCAGAAAGUAAAUUUGCAGAGACGUGCAAUGCUUAUUCGAGGAGAGCUCCUUUUUACAGUUUACGGUUAUACACCUGUAAACCGUUUGAUUAUUUUACAGAUCCUAACAAGAGAUUCAAAGGGCAUCUCUGAAGAACAAAUGAAGGAAUUUCGAACCUCCUUUAACUUUUUUGACAAGGUAUGUAAGUACGUGUUUGUAUAGCCUGCGUAGCAGAGGCUUGAAAGUAGUGGUCGCCGGCCUGCCCCGUUCUCUCUCUCUCAAGCUUUUGCAACUCAGGUUAGUCUUUUGUAUGGCCUGCUCACAGACCUGUUUUCUCUUGAGAGAUCAUCGAGGGCGUGUAUAGCGGUAACAACUGCGGGGGAUUUAUCGACCGCUAGUAAUUUAAUCUCACUCCAUUACCUUGGUCGCAUCAAGGCAAUCUAAGUUAUGGGAGCCAUCCGCGACGGCCUUGGUAAAGAUGUGCAGCGAGGCUAAAUGAUGUGGUCACCGCCACCAGGAGAGGUGGGAGGGGUAAAAAGCGCUUCCUGCAGGCAAUCCCUUCAAACUGCGAGAUUUCACACCACGCUGCCAAAUUUUGGCAGAAGACCGCAAAGGAUCAUAAUCGGCGCUCGGAUUGCCGAGAACUCUGGGAUUGGUAGAACGCAGGCAUGUUUCCGAGAUGGGUUCGUUAUAUAUUCAGUGAAAAUAGCGUAGAGGGGUGGGGAUGGGACUUUGCGCUCGGCAAUUGAAUCGAAAGAAAACGAAAAUACCACACACAUGAAAUAUUUAAACGGGUGAGGAUUCUGUGGUGCGAUGCUGGACCCCAGGUUUUGCCAGUGCGGACACUACUAAAUUGAUUGUGUUUUUUUGUGUAUGUGAUACACAAACUGUAAAAAACAACAACAACAACAACAAACAACAAAAAUGUAUAAAUGUUUUUUUUUUUUCAGGAUGAAAAUUCGCGUCUGGAGCCUGGCGAGUUUAAACAGUGCUUGGUCAGUUUAGGAUACAAUCUAAAGGAAGGAGACAAGGUUUGGCAAUGAUUAUUAUUAUUUUUGAUUUGUGGUAAGGAACAAGUUAUUGUGGGCACUGCGAUAUGCAAAUGCGUCACUCGAGUGUAGACACCGUUCGUAAUUAGUCGGCUCCGCACGAAAGCGCCCGAUAUCGAAACGACAACUGUCUUAGAUCGAUCGUUCCUGUGUGCUGAGCGUGCAUUGUGCCCAGAGCUUUUGAUGUUAUGAUUUUGUACCCUUCCAUGGGGCAAUAAGUUGUCUUCAUGUGGACUUUGAAUGUUUCAAAUUAGCACUAUAGCCAACUUCGAGACAGAUAGACUAAGACGUUUACGAACUUUUGAAGCUUUUUGACUCGUCAGGCAAUAAACAUAACGAAAAGAUCAGCAAUUGCUCUUCGACUCCCAAGCUGGUCUCAGCUGAUGAUUCUUCCUUAAGUGUCCUCACGACAAGACUCCCAAUCGCAUGGUUUUUAGCAUUGUUCAAUAAAAACGGCAAUGUUUACUGUUGCUGAAUCGUAAUUGAUUCUCCUCAUGUAAACGCCGAGAAUUGCAUGGCAUUUGUCAGCCAUAUGUUCUUCAAAUGCGAUGAAAUGAGUUAAAGUACGGCUUUUACCGUCAAAACCACGCUUGUUUUCGUCGAAUAUAUCUUUCAAUUCUUCAUAAAUAAAGCCCUGCUAGCUUCAAACAGCGUCCACCGGCAGAAUUUCAUGGGCAAAAAAUGUUAGAUAUGAUUAAUUUAACGUAAAGGUGUAUAGUUAGCUGUUGUGGCGCAAUGGAUUUCGCGUUGUCUUUACACGCCUAAGGUCUGGGGUUCGACCGCUACCGGACGAAAUCCUUUCUUUUUUUGUCGUUUUGUUUUGUUUUGUUUCGCUUUUUUAAAUACAUGUUUUCAUUUUUUGGCAGACUUAAAUUGCAAGUUAAUUAUAAGCUUAAUUUAUUAAUUUUAAUAAUAAUUAAUUAUUAACCGAUAACUUAGCCAUAGACAGCCUUUGAUUUCCCUACAGAAUUUAAGCUUGUUUAUUUUUCCUUGAACAAUACUGUGAAGUUAACAUGGAAAAGCGUGUUUUAAACGACAGUCAGUUACCCUAGCAUUAAUUUAGGCCGCAUCCACACGUAUCAGGGUAGGCUGAAACCGCAUACUUGAUAUUUGCGUCAACACGAACUCGGUGUUGUGUAUCGAAGCAUCCACACGAAUACGGUACUGCGCUUUACAUUUAAUAACUACUACCCAUCAGGCAUGCGCAAAUCGGUUUGCGAUGUGAUCUCACUGGCCUUAUAUCGUUCCUCGUUCUAGCCAGCUUUUAGCCAACAUUUCACAUGUCUCAAGCAAGAAAAUGAAGGGGAAAUAACUAGGCAAAGGCCAAUUCAUUCGUCUGGAGUGGCGAUAAAGCGGAACCCUUACUAAAAAGCUAAAACCAACAACUACAAGACAUCGUAGCCAGUGGAAAACGUCCUCGACUGGCAAUCGCUUCAAUGCAAAUAUUCUGAUAAAAUGGAACUGUUCAAAGAACAGUAUCCAAGUAAACGGAAGGCAUUGGUUCGUUGUUUAAAAUUUGCAAGUUCCCAUUUAAGCCUGGACCUGAGUUUAUGACGUACGUUUUAAAAAAUAUCCGGUUUCAGUCGUCUACAGGAAUUCGCCAAACCCGUCGGAUCUAAAAGAAUCCACUCCGGGGAGAGGUUUUAAAAAGAUGCGGUUUCUGCGAGAGGAUUCACUGGCCUCGUGUGGACUGAAUGUUGAUUCGUAUUAAAAAAAGGUAUGCGGUUUCAAAAAUAUCCAGAUUCGUGUGGACGGGACCUUGAUGUCGUCAUGUUCUAGUUCGGUGAUUUUUUUUUUCUUUUAGUAGAGGUCGUUUUAGUCUCCCCAAUUAGUAAGGCAAUGUGCCUGAGACUUUUUAAAGUUCAUUAUUAUUAUUAUUAUUUAUUUGUUGGGAAAACCGCCCUGAAUUCUACCGCACCCUUCUAGAGAAAAGAGAUCUCCAUGCAAAGAGUCAGGUUAUUUGAAAUAAUCAAAGUAUUCUCACGAACGAAAAUUACAGUAAUUGGUCAAAUCCUUGAUUCAAAAAAGAGGUCCAUAUCAACGGGUCUUAUUAUUUUGUCACUCGCUUGACUGGAUAAUAAACUCGAUCUGGAAUGCUAAACGAAACAAGAUCGAUAACAGAAUAAGAUACUGGUAAAUGCCCUCUUGAGGAAAAUGAAGUUAGUCACUGACUCUCUUGUCGAUGCGACUUGCAAGGAGUCAUCCAUAUUUUGGAGUCGCUUAACCUAUGUGUCUAUCACAUUUUCGCAACAAGUGUGGACAUCUAGUGCUCUUUCAUCACUCUCUUUUGCGUUUGAAAGACAUGAAUUAUUAACGUCGGGAGCGGUUGAAAACAAAAAUUGAAUAAAUUUUUUACAAUUUUACUCUGCUGCGCUUUAGCUGAUUGUGCGCGGCACAUGUGUGUUUUAGUGUUUGUUUCGUUAUUUAAUUUUCGUUCUUUUUCUGUAAAUCUCUUUUUUAUUAUUUUUAUUUACGUAUUUUUAUUUCAUUUUAAUGAAAAAUUACAUGACCAUUACAGAUAGUAAGUACAAAGUUAACAUUAAAAUACUUCGACAAUGAAUCGAAGGGGGAAAGAUAAUCACAAAAAAAAACUCUUGCUUUUUGAUAUUUACGUUUUGAGUUGCUAAUUUUGUUCGUAAUCAGGAAGUGGUACAAAGAUCUAAAAAAGAAAUAUGUCAGGCAUUUAAAAAUUUGUCUUUCCAUCGUAGGGAGAGGAAGAGUUUCAGCGUCUUAUGACUAUUGUGGAUCCAAACAAUACAGGAACUGUGACUUUUCAAGCAUUUGUUGAUUUUAUGACCCGAGAAACUGCUGACACUGAUACCGCUGAUCAAGUGAUGGAGUCCUUCAAGAUCCUUGCUGGGGACAAGGUAAUACCACUGACUCGCUUGAAUUGCAGCUGUGUGACUCCCGAGUCGCUAGCUCUCUUGUGAGACGUCUGAAAGCCCUAGGCGUCAAUUCCUUCUAGUGACGUCACUACCUCAAAACCGGGCUGUAAUUUUGAUUGGUUGAAGAUUGUCGAACGAUUCUCACAAUUAUAUGUAGUUAUGAGCAAUUUUAGUGCUUGCGCGGACAGGAGUCAGUGUGAAGUUCAAAAUUUCCAUAAUCUUUAUCGUUAACAACCGAAUGAACUUUUCCAUCUCGUAUCUUUUCAACUAUAACUUGUUAAAUUGAACUUCGAAUGAAGAAUCAAUGCAGAAAGUCGGUAGGUUUUCAGUAAGAGCAUUCUUCUCUAGGAAGAGGUUGUGAAUAGAGCCGGAGACGCACUGUGUCUCUUCUCAUGUGUUGUCCGCUGGACAGGUGUCGGUAGACCGCGACUAGUGAAAAACGCAAGGUUAUUACGAACCAUUUAGUCCCUCAAACAAACGGAGCGCAGCCUCUUAUCCUUCAAUCACCCCGGUUAUUACCAAUGACAAAUUACUACUUUGUGGAGCUCCGAAAUGUUUUCUUCUCUUCUUUAACUUCUGGUAAGAUAGACUUACCAGAGCACUUAAUCCCUAAAACAGUAAAUUCCCUAAAAAAGUAAAUUCAAAGUGCUUAAAUGACCGUUCAAGCGAUAUGUGAAAUCCAGUAUGCCCUAGUUGUUUAAUACUGGAUACCAGAUCUCUAUCCUGUAGAUAACCCAAUUUUAAUACUAAUCUGUUGGAUAUUGAUGUAUCUGUUAGGUAUCGCUAUCCAACGUUUGAUUGAUGGUCAUAUGUUGUGUUAUUUGUGUUACACAAAUUCCAGAAAGGAUUAGUCUUCCCCGUAUAAACCACUAACUUUUGAUGGCCUAACCACGGUUUGGUUUAUACGAUCCCCAACUCUCGCACGUUUCUCUUGACGCCCGGACUCAGACAGUAGAGUUAAAUGAUUUGCUGCUUUUAGUGUAGGACAUGUGCCAGUAGGGCGGAUAACAUCCUCCUUAUGCUCAUGUUGUUUUUGUUUUUUCCUUUAGCCGUACAUCACCGUGGACGAGUUACGGCGCGAGUUGCCACCUGAUCAAGCUGAAUAUUGUAUUGCAAGAAUGGCACCUUAUGAAGGGCCAGACUCAGUCCCAGGUGCUUUGGAUUACAUGUCCUUCUCCACUGCUCUUUACGGAGAGAGUGAUUUGUAACGCUAAUUAGAAUCUGAUAUAUAUCGCUUUUAUACAAAUAUACCUUACUAUAGGGGAGAGCUUCUUUGCGCGACCUAGGUAGCAUGUAGAUUGUAAUAUGUGGACACGAUUGGUCUUUGUAGCUUUUUCUCUGUUUGUGUGUGAGUACAAGGCAAAAUGUUCAACUGUUUUAUGAAACCGGUUUGGUUGAAGUAAGAAACACCAGAUUGAUUCAUACUCUAAUCUGACAUUGAUUAUGAUGGCUGGUGGUUUUCUUAAUACAAGAACAUUGAACAACUUUCAAGUUUCCGCGCUGAUUCUCGGAAACGUUUCAAUUUUUUUUUUCCAGCUACCGAAGCGUAGCAAGUGUCAUUUUGGUAACUAGUAUAAUGCUAGCAUUUUGUAUUUCCCUAUCUUUCACUGGCUGGGCUUAGCUGCUUGCCAGUGGGCAUCUCUUACAUUUGAAAACGUCUCCAGAACGGCCACUUUUACACCAUUAUGCACUCGAUCACUCUAGCAAGUAUUUAGGUUUUCAAAACUGAGAAGUUUUAUUUUCUCAAAGGUACUGGCCGUCUGACUAAAUUAACACGCAUGCCAUAUUAUGAAGUAGGUUUCGGCUGUUAGUAACUCGAGUGUCACCUCCCCUUCAGACAACGCUUUUUAUGCAGCAUAAACAAAUCAAUUCGCUUAUUAUCAGUGUGGUACCAUAGGUCGGGCUCAUUACCUUAAAAAUGCCCCACUUGUUCGAACGUCGGACAGCGCUAUUCACUGGAUAAAUCUCAGCUAUCCUGUGGAUGACGCAAUUGCUUUCCCUAAUUUUAUCACGGUACAGUGGAUAAUAUCAUCCAACGUUUGAACAACCGGGGCCUGGCCUUAAAGCGGACGGAAAAUUUGUUACCUUAUGGAUCACGAUAAUUUUAAAAGUAAAAUUAGCCGUCCUACAUAUAUGCUCACAGUUGCAUGUAGGGAUUAUAAUGGAACAGAAUUUUAUCCCGGUUUAAAAAGGCUUUAUGUAUAGAACAGUUCUAAUAACAAAAGAUUAUUUUUCUUGUCUGUAAUUCAUAUGAAAACAGUUGUCCUGUAGUAACAUAAAGACAUGUAAGAACAGCC